GGCAUAUAGCGUCGCGACGCAGGGCGUCCGACUUAGUCUCUAGUCAGCGUCAUCGUUCAAAAGUCGUUCUCCUGUCCUAUACUACAUACAGGAAAAGCUCAGCCCUGUGGCAACGAUUGCAGUGAGAUUCAAGAGAAGAGAAAAAGGAGAAAAAUGCCGGCACGCAACAAGGAACAAGAAAGUGAAAUUAUGGCCUGGAUCGAGGCUGUUCUUGGAGAGAAACUUCCACCUGGAAAUUACGAGGAUAUACUCAAAGAUGGGGUAAUUCUAUGCAAGCUUAUCAAUAAAUUGGCACCUGGCUCCGUGAAAAAGAUUCAGUCAAAGGGAACUAACUUUCAGCUUAUGGAGAACGUUCAAAGAUUUCAGGCAGCCAUUAAAGAAUACGGCGUCCCACAAGAAGAAAUCUUCCAGACAGCUGAUCUCUUCGAAAGACGCAACAUCCCACAAGUCACAUUGUGCCUCUAUGCCCUUGGAAGAAUUACGCAAAAGCAUCCGGAAUAUACUGGACCACGUCUAGGACCGAAAAUGGCCGAUGAAAAUAAGAGAAUAUUUUCGGAAGAACAGCUUCGAGCUAGCGAGGGUCAACUCAAUUUGCAGAUGGGUUUUAACAAAGGAGCCAGUCAAGCUGGCCACGGUGGAUUCGGCAAUACUCGACACAUGUAAAUCUUCUACAUACACGUAUAGAAAACGCGAUGUCAAAAUCUACAUAGAUAUAAAUAUUCUUUUGCUACUAAUUGUCGAUCUCGAAGAUACUCAAAGAAAUCAACUAUUGAUCAGUUCAAAGUACAUAUUGUAAUCGCGACUCUGUAACACGAAAUUCGACCAAUUCCAAAAACUAUUCUCCUCUUAGAUAUAUUGAGAUAAUUCAGUGAUUUGUUAUUGUGAAGCACAACGUUAUAUUCUUAUAUACGUAAAUGUGAAAUCCUGUUGUAAUUAUUAAUCAAACACAGACACUUAAUACACUACACGUUACAUUACAAUUACUCAUAACAUAAUCAAUAUAUAAUAAUAUACUACACAUGUACACAGUCACAACACUAAACAGUACAUUACGAAACAAAUACACGCACAGUAUACACUCAUUUUAUUCACAAAAAGAUAAAACAAUUUUGUAAGAUAAUGAAAUGCACACAUACACUACACACGCAAAUAUGUACAUGUAAAAUGUCAAAAUUAAGUGACUUCUUAAUGCAUCCUUUCUUGAAACAUAAUAUAAAGUGCCAGCAAAAACUCAUCAAUUACAUCAAGACAAGUAUGAGAAAAAUUUAUGUACCAACAGGAUUUCUCAAUUACAUUAAUAUGUAAAUGUAAGAUUCUAUAUCAAAGAAUAUUUUACAAAUUCAGAACGAAUAGCUUAAUGCCUUUUCUAAGAAUUUUAAUUAUUUUAAUAAUUAUUCUCACACGAUUUGCUAAUAAUGUAUAAAUAUAAAAUGUAAAAAUGUACAAAAUAAAAAAGCAGCGCUGUUAUUUUCUAUUAUCU